UUCUUAUAUGUAUACACGUAAGUCAAAAACAUGUCAAUAGAGUAUGUUACUUCGGUUACCUCAGUGCGGGGCGAGUGCAGUCAGUCGCAUGCUUCCUUUUGACGUUAGUCUAUCGUGUUGGAUCUUUUCAGCUUCCUCCGCGUUAUAGGAAGAUUGCGUGACAAAAAAAUAGUGAAUUGCAUGUUAACAGUUACUUUUGUUGUUGUUAUACGUGCUUUAUAAAGUAUAUCAUGCUUCAAGCAGCAUAAAAAGGUGCUUAAGCUUAACACCACUACAAGUGUGGUGAAAAAGUGCUUUAGUCGUUUAGGACUACUAAUACUGUCCGGAUCAUCGGGCGGAUACUUGUACUUACACAAUAAAGUAUAGUGAAUUGCUACAUGAACAAACCCCGUUCAUUAUUACCCCUUAGGCCAAAGAUAUUGGUUGACAAUCGAUUGCGUCCGCGGGUCAUAAAGGUGAUACAAUUCUUAUCUAAUUGACGGUGAAGGUAACCUGGUUGGUUAUUGAGUUAGAGCCAUGACUGGCAAAGAGAAGGAGCAAAAGAUCAUUCGUGUCGGGUCGAGGAAAAGUGAGUUGGCUCUUAUUCAGACGAAAUAUGUCAUUUCCUGCCUGCAGAAAUUGAAUCCAGGUGUUCAGUUUGAAAUACAUACUAUGACAACUGUCGGCGAUCGGGUGCUCAAUAAGUCCCUACCGAAGAUCGGCGAGAAAUCACUAUUCACCAAGGACCUCGAGGACGCCCUUCGCACCGGAGGUGUCGAGUUUGUGGUACACUCCCUGAAAGAUCUUCCCACUGCCCUACCAGUGGGGAUGGCAAUCGGUGCCGUACUAGAACGGGAAGAUCCCCGCGAUGCUUUGGUCCUAAACGAAAAACAUCGCGGAAAGACACUAACCACGCUACCUCAGGGUUCGGUCAUUGGAACCUCCUCAUUGCGGCGGUCGGCUCAGCUCGCUAGAACGCAUACUCACCUCACGGUUUGUGAUAUACGUGGCAAUCUGAACACCCGCUUAGCGAAGCUGGACAUUGCGAAUUCCAAAUUCGCCGGUAUUAUACUAGCUCAAGCGGGCCUCACGAGAAUGGGCUGGCAGAAACGGAUUGAUCAAACCAUCGAACCUUCGGAGAUUCUCUACGCAGUUGGGCAGGGUGCCCUGGCCGUCGAGUGUCGUUCCAAUGAUGAGUACAUAUUGGAUAUGCUGUCCAAAUUAUGUCACGUGGACACUCAGUGUAAAAUUCUAGCAGAACGCAGUUUUCUAAAAACGCUUGGUGGAGGCUGCAGUGCGCCAGUUGCAGUUUGUACAAAUUUGAAGCGAAAAGCGGAAACGGCUGUACUAAAUAUUACGGGUGCAGUUUGGAGUCUAGACGGGCGAACAGAACUACGUGCUGAAGAGGGAUGCAAUCUGAGUAUUAAAGAGUCUCAACUAGACACCGAUAAUGGCAAUCUGCUCCCAGCUAAGAAGAGUCGCCUCGAGAUAGAUGUUGAAAACAAUGGAGUUACCAAUAGUUCCCCUCCACGCCUGAGUCCGGAAAUCGUAGACGAUUCAAAGCCCAGUUGUUCCAAGAGUGAUCAGAAAUUAGAUUUAGCAAAAUACAUCGAAGCUCAUGGCGAUAUGUUUACAAAAUGUUCCUACUCAUCAUCGAAAGAAGGUGCUCUUAAACCGAAUCAAAUCGUCGAGCAGGGCCAGGGCGACGCAAAGGAACCGAUUUGUCCCAGCAGUGCAUUUCCAGUGGGGGUUGAUUUUAUGGGCGAUUGUCCGUACGUCAGCAUCGAACAAAAAGUGGACCAAACCGGCCUCCAGUGCCCGGUUAGUGGGAAGUUUCUGGAAGAGCAACGACCUGUGAUAGAGACCAGUGCUGAAAAAUGUCCUUUUCUGGCUCAGCAGGCUAGAAUCCUAGAUUAUAACGAGAAUCUAGACAGGAAGAUUGUAGCGCCUAAACUAGAGGACAGCAGUAAUACGCUGUUUUGUGGAAUGUUUUGCCACAAGACUGUGCCAAGAGAGUUAUUUACUUCGGCAGAAAGGUUAGGACAACGGUUGGCUCAGGAAUUGAUUUCCAAAGGAGCGUUAGACGUAAUGAAAUGUGCUCAAAACGAGAUUCAUUCGAAGAUUGCCUAAUAAUCGUACUAUUUUUUUUUCUUACUUUCUUCAUUUUGGCGCCGGUUUAUGUUUCUAUUGUUUACUAUCGUUCUGUUGCAUCGGUGUUAGUGCAAAAUUUUCUAAGAAAAAUAUAGUUCAUUUUUUGAA